CUUUGAUCUAAUCCCUCUGGUCCCUCUGGUCCCUCCCAUCCUUCAACUCAGCCUCUCAGCCGCCAUAAGCCAUAAGCCGCCAUAAGCCACCCAGCCAUCAUGCAUCACGCGCAGAUGGACACACGUUGCCAAGCAUUCACCCCAUCGCAGAUGACAGAACAAGGGCCGCCAGUGGAGCUACGCCUCGUCGUCUACACUAUUCGCUUCCGAGCGAUCGCGGUGGUCCGACGUGCCCAAAAGGCGCGGCGAGAGCGCGGGCUGCAGAGCACAAGAGCAGCAGAGCAGCUGACGCGUCGGAAUGUCACAGGCAAACGCCUCAAAGGGUGCACGGGCGGCAGCCUCGCCCUGGUUGGCAUGGUUUGGGUCAUCCCACCCCGCCAACCACAUGUCGUUAUGUCCAAGAGCAUGUGCGACGGGUGAUGGGCCGACGGGCGGCGGGCGACGGGCGGCAGGCGGCAGGCGGCAGGCGGGUGACAAUGGCCCGAAUUAUUACACACCCUCCUCCGAGCUCAAAGCUGUGUAUAGGUGGCAGACACCCAGCGCACACGCCCCGACGCCGAGCUUCCUCCGAUGGACUGGCGAGAUUGGCUUAUGGCUCCAGAUCCGAAGGAGGUUGGGAAAUGGUGAGGAGCGUUGGGCAUGGGCCAUUGGCUGUCGGGCGGGCGUUAGGUGUUGGUCGCAUGAGCGGAGAAGGCGGAGGCGGUAGAGGCGGUGGAGGCGGCGGUGGUGGUUGGUGGUGGUGCAGAGAUCGGAUCGGGCUGUCUUUGUUAUUAUUCAAGGAAGAGUGAAUGGACGGAGUGG